GCGCGCGAAAUUCUGACACUUCACGCAUUGUUUGGUUUGAGAAUUCUGUGAAAUUAUUUUGGAUUUUUUUUUGUGUAAAAUACGCAUUGAUUCAGCAUGUCUAAGCGUCAGGGUGAUACCCCAAAGAACACUCUCCUUAAUUACUUCAGCAGAACCCCUCCUGCAUCUGGGAGUUCAGGAAAAUUCACUCCUAAAACACCCUCUGCUGGAACGGUGGCGUCUCCUUCAACUCCCAAAACUGCCCAAAGUGGAAGUAAAUCAGCACCAGGAAAGCGCAUCCUGAGUGUGGAGAAACCCGUAGCAAGUCCCAAGGAGACCAAUGGAAAGGAAGAAAAUGGUGAUGAAGUUAUUUCGCAGAAAAAAAAGCGCAGGAGAAUUAUUACUUCUGAUUCUGAGGAUUCUGACCAGGAGAAUGAUAAUCUGAAAUCAAAUUGUGAAAAGAGGAAUAGUGAUUCACCCCUCCUCACACCCGUUGCGACGAAAAAAGUGAAGAAGGAAGCUGCCGAAACUCCAAAGUUGUCCAUUGAAGAGAAACUUGCCAAUCUGACAAAGACGGAACCCAAUGAAGUUCCGGAUGUAAUGGAUACAACGACAAUCGUGGAGGAGGAAGACGUAGUAUGGAGGCACAAUAAACUUGAAUUUCUCAUGCCUGAAAAUAUCAGGGAUGCCAAGAAAAGGAAGCCAAAUCAUCCGGAAUACGAUCCAAAUACACUCUAUGUUCCCGAAUCCUACCUCAAGACUCUCACUCCUGCCAUGUAUCAGUGGUGGGUCAUGAAGAGUCAGCACUACGAUUGCAUUUUGCUCUUCAAAGUUGGGAAAUUUUAUGAGCUCUAUCACAUGGAUGCAAUUGUAGGUGUCAAUGAGCUGGGAUUUACCUACAUGAAGGGCGACUUUGCCCAUUCUGGCUUCCCAGAGCAGGCUUAUGACCGCAUGGCUACGAGUCUCGUGGAGAAGGGCUACAAAGUGGCACGUGUGGAGCAGACUGAGAAUCCGGACAUGAUGCAGGAGCGAUGCAAGAAGCAGAAAACCGUCACCAAGUUCGAUCGGGUGGUUAAGCGAGAGAUCUGUCAGAUUACAAAUAGAGGUACACGCGUCUUUGGACAGCAGGUGCAGCUAACAGGAGAUUUCCAGCCACAAUACAUGCUGGCAAUUGCGGAAGUACCAGGAGACAUCAGUAGCACGUACGGAGUUUGUUUUAUCGACACAUCCAUUGGAGUAUUCCACAUUGGGCAGUUUGUAGAUGAUAAGCACAGCUCCCGGAUGCUGACACUUCUAGCACACUAUACACCGGUUCUGGUACUCUUCCAGAGGAAUAGUGUGAGUGACAGAACAAAGCAGAUCUUCAAGACAAUGCUUUCAAAUGCUCUUAAAGAUCCACUAAGUGAAUCCCAGAUGUGGGAUGGAUCGACAACACUCAAAAAUCUCGCUGAGAAGUACUUCCAUGGUGACGACGGUACGAAUUGGCCAGAGAUAUUCAAGGAAAUGCAGGAUGACUGUGAUCAUCUAGGUUUGACGCCACAUAAGAAUUUUGCAUUGGGCUUGAAGGCUCUCGGAGGGUGUAUUUUCUACCUUUCCCGAUGCCUCCUGGAUCAGCAAAUCCUUUCACUGGCACGCUAUGAAUUCUAUAUCCCACCAGAUUCCACAGAAUCCCCCGUGAAGCUUGAGCAAGACAUCACGAAAGCCUCUAAGAGGCUCAAUAGAUCCCAGAAUAUGGUUCUGGAUUCAAUUACAUUGCAGAAUUUGAGAAUAAUCGGAGAAGAAGGCUCGCUGAUUGAAACCCUCGAUCACUGCUGCACGAAAUUCGGAAAGAGACUCCUUCACAAUUGGAUUUGCUCUCCAAGCUGUGAUAUUUCCGUCAUUAAAAAACGCCAGGAUGCAGUCACUGAGCUCCUCGAUAGACCGAUUAUGCUUCAAGAUAUUCGAUCACUGUUGGGAUCACUGUCCGACAUGGAGAGACAGCUGGGACAAAUUCAUUCCUUCAGUAGUUGCGGUCGCUUUGAAGAUCAUCCCGAUAGUCGAGCAAUUCUCUAUGAAGAAGUUCAGUAUGGGAAGAAGAAAAUUCAGGAUUUCAUCUCAAUCCUCAAGGGUUUCAAGGCUCUAUUGCAACUUCCGGAACUUGCCACCAAAUGUUCGAGUGAUCUUCUCGUUAGUCUCACACAAAAUCCCCCACGGGGAACAUUCCCAGACUUUGCUGAAGACUUGAAAUUCUUCGAGAAUUCCUUUGAUCACGAAGAAGCUCUGAAGCAGGGAAUAAUUGCCCCAGAACGUGGUGUUGACAAGGAAUUUGAUGGUAUUGAGGAGGAAAUUAAUGAUAUUGAAGUUGAGCUGAAGGAAUAUGUGAAACUCCAGGAGAAGUACUUCAAUUGCAAAAUCUCCAUUGGAACGAAUCGAAAUCGUUUCCAAUUGGAGAUUCCGGAAGCAUUUGCCAAGAAAGCGGGUUCUGAGUAUCAGCUAGAGAGUCAGCAGGGUAAGAAAGGUGGAAAGGGGAUUAAACGUUAUCACACGGAAGAGACUAAAGAUCUCGUAAAGAGAAUGACUGUGGCGGAAAAUCAGCGAAAGAAAGUGCUGAAGGAUCUCUCAAGGAGGAUUUUUGAAAAGUUCUCAAAUGCAAAUGAUUUGUGGAAGCAAUGUGUAUCGAAUGUUGCCAUUCUGGAUGUCCUCACAUCCUUUGCGGAAUACGCGAGAAAUUCCCGAGAAUCUUGUGUUCCGGAAAUCGUCGAAGAAGACUGUGAGCCCUUUAUGGAGCUCGAAGAUGGCUACCAUCCCUGUUUGACCAAUAAUGAAGAUUUCAUUCCGAACGGAGUUACCCUGGGAGCUCCUAGAACUGCCCUUACAAUCCUCACAGGACCAAAUAUGGGCGGUAAGAGUACCCUAAUGCGUCAAGUAGGCCUCUUGGCUGUGAUGGCUCAGAUUGGAUCUCGAAUUCCUGCCAAUCGCUGUCGCAUGACCCUGAUUGAUCGCAUUUUCACACGUCUCGGUGCCCAGGACGAUAUCCUAGCUGGUCACAGUACUUUCCUGGUUGAGCUGAGUGAAACGUCCGCUAUACUCAAGCAUGCCACAAUCAACAGCCUAGUUCUACUGGAUGAACUUGGCCGUGGGACAGCAACGUAUGACGGAACGGCCAUUGCAGCUUCCGUUGUAAACUUCUUGGCUGACCUCAAGUGUCGCACGCUCUUCUCCACGCAUUACCACAGUCUCGUGGACAAUUUCCACAAAGAUGAUCGGAUUACUCUGGGACACAUGGCGUGUAUGGUGGAGAAUGAGGACAGUGAUGAUCCCACCCAGGAGACCGUAACCUUCCUCUAUAAAUACGCCGAUGGACCUUGUCCCAAAUCCUACGGGUUCAAUGCAGCCAAGCUUGCGGGUAUGCCCACAGCAAUCAUUCGAAGAGCCCAUGAGCUGUCCAAGAAAGUCGAAGCCGGUGCUAUGAAGAGAAAGAUUUUCUCCCGAAUCCUUUCUAGCGGUGGCGUCGAUGAAAUCAGGAAUCUUCUGUCAAAACUCCAAGCAUGCUCCUAAAUUCUCUCAUCUAAUGCAACUUCAUCCUCGAGUAAGUUUCUUCAGUUAAUGUCUUCAGAAAACAAAAAGUAUUUUGACUCAAUAAAAUGUUUUGUAUUACAAAUUUA